AGGGCUAUCGUUUUUAUACUUAACAGUUGGUACCCCUGGCGAUUGACAGGACCUUACUCUACAGUGGCGCCAUCUUGAUGAGUGCAAAUGCGAUAGUCCUCCUACCACUUUAGCGCUCACCAGCUGGCGCCACUGUCUUCGCUACUAGUAAGUGACAGGACCUUACUCUACAGUGGCGCCAACUGGUGAGCGCUAAAACGAUAGCCCUCAUUGAAAGAAUAGUUCUUAUAACGUGAAUUAACAAUUUUAAACUUUUUACAGCCCGUCGAAGAGUCCUCUUGGCGAAAACCAGAACAUACUGAACAUGCAAAGGCUUAACGAAACGGAUGCGAGCAUGUCACUGCUUCGCCCGGAACCUAAGGCGGCUAAGGUGUCUCCUGAAGACAAGGCUAAAAGAAAACUUCCCGUGGAGCCCGUAUACAAAGAGCCAACUGUGAGGAAGAAAGCUGAAAAACGCGUCCUGCCCGGGUGGAGCUGUGAUGAAUGUAAAACGUUCUUUGACGAGCUAUACCAAAACGACCACGAGAUGCUCGCCAAGAAGAUGGAAGAGUGCUCCAAGCACCGCGGAAGGAACAACCCCGCGCGCCCCAAGACUCCUGAAGGUUUCUGGAACCCGCGUUGGUCUGUGCCCAGCGAUACUGAAGAGUUUAAUAGGAGGAACAACGCUGCGUAACCAACCCUAAAAAAUCAAUCAAUCCCUAUAAAAAUCAGUCAAUACCCUCGAUAAAUCAGUCAAUCCCCUAGAAGAAUCAGUCGAUCCCCUAUAAAAAUCAGUCGAUCCCCUCGAUAAAUCAGUCAAUCCCCUAUUAAAAUCAGUCGAUCCCCUAGAAAAAUCAGUCAAUCUCAUAGAAAAACUCAACGAAAUCGGUUCUCAAUAGCACCGCGACCGGAAUGACCCCGCGCGCCCCAAGACUCCUGAAGGUUUCUGGAACCCGCGUUGGUCUGUGCCCAGCGAUACUGAGGAGUUCAACCGGAGGAACAACGCUGCGUGACCAACCCUAGAAAAAUCAGUAAACCCCGCGAUAAAUCAGUCAAUCCCCUAUAAAAAUCAGUCGAUCCCCUAUAAAAAUCGGUCAAUCCCCUACAAAAAUCAGUCAAUCUCAUAGAAAAACUCAACGAAAUCUGUGCUCAAUAGCACCGCGACCGGAAUGACCCCGCGCGCCCCAAGACUGGAAGGUUUCUGGAACCCGCGUCGGUUUGUGCCCAGCGAUACUGAGGAGUUCAACCGGAGGAACAACGCUGCGUGACCAACCCUAGAAAAAUCAGUAAACCCCUCGAUAAAUCAGUCAAUCCCCUAUAAAAAUCAGUCGAUUCCAUAGAAAAAUCAGUCAAUCAUAGAAGAACUCCUCAACGAAAUCUGUUCUCAAUAGCACCGCGGAAGGAACAACCCCGCGCGCCCCAAGACUCCUGAAGGUUUCUGGAACCCGCGUUGGUCUGUGCCCAGCGAUACUGAGGAGUUUAAUAGGAGGAACAACGCUGCGUGACCAACCCUAGAAAAAUCAGUAAACCCCUCGAUAAAUCAGUCGAUCCCCUAUAAAAAACAGUCAAUCCCCUAGAAAAAUCAG